UGACAGCUGUCAGUUAAAUUGGUUUUUUCGUUUUUACUUAAAAGCGAAAUGAAUAAAUAUUAUUAAGUUUAGAAAACACAGUAAUUAUCACUGUGUUUAUCAUGGCUCUCAAGUUACUUUCACUAAAAAAUCUAAUUAAAAAGCCGAUAAACAUAAUAUUUAAUCACACACCAAUUUAUCAAAACAAUGCAGUUCAUAACCUAAAAAAAAUCAGUACUUCUCCGAUAGCUUGUGUAACCUUUUUCAAUAAAUUACCUGCUGAAAAAUUGUGGAAAUCCGUGACAUCUGUAAGUAAUGCUGGAGCUAAAAAAGGUCGUGGGAAAGGUGCAGGACGUAUACGAAUUCGAGAUUUGAACCGUGGACAAAUGAUAGGAGUGGGAAAAGUAAAUAUGCUGUGGCCAGGAUUAUCUGCACCUGUUAUAAGAGGUAGAGAACUGUUGAAACAGCAACAACUACCUGAAGAUCCUGAAAGAAUGGAAAAAUUGAUAAAGUUACGAGAUUCAAUGACAAAGUUCCGUAGAAUUAAACUGAGUUCCAUUGAGCGAGGUUGGUCUGGAACUCGCAUGCCGGGGCGAAGCAUUGGACCUCCAGAUCCAGUUGCUGAUGAGGAGUUUACUGGUUUUGAUACAAAAGUGCUGCAAUUGAGAUCUUUGCUAAUCAUGAAAGGCACUUUAGGCAGAACUCGGAACUACCAGGCAAUGGUUGUAACUGGAAAUGGGCAAGGUCUUGCGGGUUUUGGUCUUGGCAGAGCAAAGGAAGCCCCAGCAGCAUUAAGAAAAGCCAGAAAUAGGGCAGGAAAGAAAUUGAUGCAUUUUGACAUUUAUAAUGGCCAUACAAUUUUCCAUGAUUUCUUUACUGCUUUUGGAAAGACAAAGAUUUAUGUUGAGAAAAAGAAUGAAGGUUUUGGCUUGAGUUGCCACCGAGCUAUUAAGGAGAUCUGUCAAGCUAUUGGUAUUAAGGACCUCCGUGCCAAAGUGGAAGGCUCUCACAAUUUGCAACAUAUAGUCAAAGCUUUCUUUAUUGGUUUACUGCAACAGAGAACACAUCAACAGCUUGCGGAAGAGAAAAAACUACAUCUUGUUGAAUACAAGGCUGAAAAUGAAUAUUAUCCUACCGUAGUGGCCAGUCCCAGUGUUGUUAGGACAAAGGAAGAAAUACCCAAAGAUGAAAAUUUGGAUUUCAUACAACAUGUCAUGAAUGAGAAGGUUGUACUGAAAAAGAAGAAAUUCCCAAGGUUCUAUGAGACAAUGCCACACUAUGAUAUUUAUCUUAAGAAAUACGAGAGAUACAGAAACCAUGAAAAGAUUCGAUUAAAUCUUAAAAUUGAAAAUGGUGAAGUGAAGAGUUUCCUUAAUUAUAAAUAUCCAGAGGAAAAUGAUGUUAAGGAAAGUUAGAUGGCGCAUGUAACAUAGUUUUAGUGUUAAAAUAAAAUAUUUAAUUUAA